AAUACUUCAUCAUUUUCCCUUUCAGGCAGGGACAAUGCUUGUGAGAAAACAUCCUAUAUGUUCCUGCGUAAGGAGCUGCCGGUGCGCCUGGCCAACACCAUGAGGGAGGUCAAUCUCCUACCUGAUAACCUGCUCAGCCAACCCUCCGUCAGACUGGUGCAGAAAUGGUAUAUGCAGAGCUUUGUGGAGCUGCUUGAUUAUGAGAACAGAAAGCCAGAGGACCGUCACGUACUCAAUGAUUUCCUGGAGCUCUUGAUUGAGAUCCGUAACCGUCACAACGACGUGGUUCCCACCAUGGCCCAGGGAGUCAUAGAGUACAAGGAGAAGUUUGGCUUUGACCCCUUUAUCAGCAGCAACAUCCAGUAUUUCCUCGACCGCUUCUACACCAACCGCAUCUCUUUCCGGAUGCUUAUCAACCAGCACACUCUCCUGUUUGGUAACGACAUCAACCCGGCCCAUCCAAAACACAUAGGCAGUAUUGAUCCCACCUGCAGUGUGGCUGAAGUCGUCAGUGAUGCCUAUGACACGGCCAAAAUGCUGUGUGAGAAGUACUACUUGGCUGCUCCUGAGCUCAAGAUUGAAGAGUUCAACAUGAAGGCCCCUAAAAAGCCCAUCCAGGCGGUGUAUGUGCCCUCUCAUCUGUUCCACAUGCUGUUUGAGCUCUUCAAAAACUCAAUGAGAGCCACAGUGGAGCUACAUGAGAACAGUACAGAGGAAUUACCACCAGUAAAGGCUAAGGUCACUCUAGGUAAAGAGGAUCUAUCCAUAAAGAUCAGUGACAGAGGAGGAGGAGUCCCUUUGAGGAAGAUAGACCGUCUGUUUAACUACAUGUACUCCACUGCACCUACACCAAGCCUAGAGCCAGGAGCUGUCCCACUGGCUGGUUUUGGCUAUGGUUUGCCGAUUUCUAGGCUCUAUGCCCGAUACUUCCAGGGGGAUCUGAAACUCUACUCCAUGGAGGGCGUGGGCACCGAUGCAGUCAUCUAUCUGAAGGCCCUGUCCAGUGAGUCCUUCGAGCGCCUGCCUGUCUUCAACAAGUCAGCGUGGCGGCAUUACAAGACUACCCCAGAAGCAGACGACUGGAGCAACCCCAGCAAAGAGCCACGUGAUGCCACUCCAUCUGAUGUGAAAAGAAAGGAGUGUAGAUGAAGAAUUCAGAAAGGAAAGCUUCCUCGUCUCAUUUCAGCCUCACUGUAAAAUUUCAUCACUGCCGUUGUCUUCGUAACCUGCCAGUCCUGCUGAGUGAUGCUCGGUGACACACCUGCUGCAAAGGAAGUGCUGUGUUGUAUACAUGCGACAACAGUCCUCUUGGUUUGAAAGACCUCAGUUAACUCUUAAGGUGUGGUUUCCCUGCAAAUCAGUCUUAGUCACAUUUGACAAAACUCACACCUUUGUCAAAGUUCCAGUUGUGUGAUUUAGAGGCCAGAGGAUCUUUAAUCUUCAGUAGCUGUCAACCUUUACUGUUAAAGACCGUCUCUGUACCUGUGGUAUUUUAGAAAAGAUUUGUCUACAUAACUAUUAAUAAUGUGUUUGCUGUAUUUAUUUGCAGCCAGUGUGGAGUGAUAGCUCUGUUUUCCAUCCCACUGUACCUCCACCUUAAACAGGUGUGUUUGUAUGCAUGAACUCCUCACUGUGGAGGUGGUCACGUAAAUAUAUGCAAUUAAUGCAACAUCAACAUGUACCAAAAAAAAAAAAGUGAUAGAGCAGUCGAAUAAUGUGUCCAGCUCACACUUUCAACCCUGACAAUAAAGAAGAAUUGCUGUUGUGUGUGAUUUA